UGGGUGAGGGUUGGACUGCUCACAGAGUUGUCGGACAUCACAUUGGCCUGAAAACUGUUGCUUAGAACAGACUGGUUUGCCACGUUAUCCAGCUGCUUUCCUCAUGGACCUGUAUGAGAUCAGAGAAGAAAGACUGGAUGUGAUCGCAGAGGAAGCCGAGUACCAGGAGUUCAGCAGAGAGCCGACCGCCAUGGCAGACAGAGGAGGGCGGGCGCCCCGAGGAGUCUCCACCUUCCAGAGGUUCUCUGUGGACACUGACGAUUCGCUUCGUUUUGAUCCCUGUGAGGACAGCCUUCCAUCUCCAACUGAAGAAGAACAUGAUGAAGAUGUGUUUAAAGAGGGAGACACUGAGGGGGAGACGGUCAUAAUCAGGAAUCGGUUGCAAGGGAAGGUUGCUGAGAUGGAAAACUUUGCAGGUCAUCUGGAGGAAAUCUUUCUCACUGUGGAGGAGAAUUUUGGCCGUCAGGAGCAGCACUUGGAGCAGCACUACAACGAUGUGCUGCAGACGUUGUCUCAGCGAUAUGACGAGAGGGCGGCUGCGCUGGAGGAGGAGAAAAAGGGGAAGCUGGAGGCCCUGUACAAGCAGCUGCUGGCUUGUGGUCAGGCGAUGGAUGCGUCCAAGGAGCUCAUUGAGACAGCCCAGGAGAUCUACCGCAGCCAAGACAAGAGGCUUUUCCUGAAGGCAGUUAUGCCCACUAUUAAAAGAAUCGAGGAGUUUGCCAAAGAGGAGGUUGACCUUACGCUGACUACGAAUCUUGAGUUUGACACACCGAUUGCCGACCUGUCAGAUGUCAAAACCAUGAUGGACUCCAUCAAUGUUGUUCCAGCUCCAUCUGCCCCAGUAAUCAACCCCCAGAUGCCCAACUCUGCCACCCAGACGUCGCUGCGUGUUUGCUGGAGCUUAUUCUCCGACGACACGGUGGAGUACUACGAGCUUUACUACAGACCAGUGCUGGAGGACACACCAGCAGACAGCACCUGUGCACCGCCUGUAAGCAAGGUAAAUGUGAAGGAGACCCACUGCACUGUGACGGACCUGCUGCCCAACGCUCAGUAUGAACUCUGGGUGACUGCGACCAACACCACAGGCAUCAGCCCAGCGAGCGAGAAGGCCUUAUACAUGACGGUGCCGUCACCUCCAGUGAUCAAGCAGAGGGAGUGUACUAGCUGUCCAGAGGCUGCUCUGAUCCGCUGGGAGUCGGGAAACACCAACCCUGUAGACUCGUACACCGUGGAGCUCAGUGAGAUGGGCACCAAUGGCACAGAGAGCGGUAUUACUGAGUCUAUAGUAGCCGUGCCCACCUGUCAGUGUUUGAUCCAGCUGCAGACGGGACGCUGUUACCUCAUCUCAGUGAGAGCAGUCAACAUCGGCGGGCCCAGCGACAGGAGUGAAGUUAUUACUGUCUCCACAACAGGUACAUUUUUCCAUCUCCUGGAGGACACUGCUCAUCCCUGCCUGUCCGUCUCUGAAGACGGCUUCACCAUCUUCUAUGGAGACGAGGAGCUGCCAAUUAGUGCUAUGGCCUUAGAUGAUAACAAUUCCUUUAACAGGUGUGUAGCUGUCCUGGGGGAUCUGAUCCCAGUUCGAGGCAGGCAUUACUGGGAAGUUGAGGUGGAUGAUGGGACAGAAUUUAGGAUUGGAGUUGCAGCAGAGGACACAGAGAGAAACUCAUACCUCGGAGCCAACAACACCUCCUGGUGCAUGAGACACAUUCUCACUCCAUCCAGGCAUAAAUACGAGUUCUUGCAUAACGGCUGGAGUCCUGACCUGAGGAUUACAGUGAACCCAGUACGAAUAGGAGUGGCUUUGGACUAUGCAAGGGGGACUCUGUCCUUCUUUAAUGUGGAUCUGGAACAACACCUUCACACCUUCCACUGUCACUUCCUAAAUUAUGUCCACCCCUGCUUCGCCCUGGACAACCCAGGAGCUCUUACAGUACACAACGGCAUAGAGGCUCCGGAGUACACAUUCAUCUGACACAAGCAAUCAUAUCUAACAUGAAAUAAAACCCAGGGCUGGAAGGACGUGAAAUAACUGUGUUUUUAAUACUUACCAUGAAUCUGUAAACACCCAAAUUCAUAAAAACAUCUGUCGCCUUUCCUCAUAUAAUAUAUAAUAUAAAAUGUGUGGGAUCCAAAGACAAUAAGGGCGUUUUUUAGGUGUUUUUAUUAUAAUAUUCCAUGGGAACAGGCAUACACCAUUUUCCAAGAUAAGAAAAAAGUUUCACUGAAUUUUACAAUAUGUAUUUAUAGCAUCGGUAACUGCAGCAGACCAUGUGUUUCAAGUCGAAAAAAGGAAUUAAGGGGCUUGUUUUCAAUUAACAAAAGAUGCUUUGAAAAAUGAAAUGUGUUUAAGAAAUAAAAACCCAUUUGUAGUUAUUAUACAAGUGUAUUCACAUCUUAAAAAAGGAAAAAUCCACCCUGAAUACUUUCACACUGUUUGAAGUGAAGAUUUUGUUUUAUAGUGAUAUAUUUUAACAGAAAAUGUCUCUUUUUGGUAAGUGCACAUUUCAGAGUCUGACCCUCUAGCCCUGUCUGCACAUACACAGAUGAUUCUGUAAACUAAUAUUUAUCAUCCUGACCACAUGCAAACUUUUUUUUCUCCAAAACCCCGGUUACUGUGUAUCCAUACGGACAUGUUAACAGAGUAUUUGGGAAACCAUGUCAUUAUCUCCUCAAUUUGCGCAUGCCCACUGUUGCUUUGUGUAAUGAACAUGAGCCACAAACAAUCACACGGCCGACUACCACUUUGCAACAUUUUGUUAAUACUGCUUGAUUAAAUGACUACUUUACAUUUAAACCCAGUAUUGCUGCAACACUUUUACGAACAAACGACAUCUGCUGCACCCAAUGUUUUUGCUCCACCUCAGCAUCUGCAGUUUAAAGUUCAUGAGAUCUCCAGUGGGUGUUUUGAGAAUGGUAACGUUAGACUGUACGCGUUACUGUCUUUGACAUGACGGGAG